AUGAGUGAGUUGAUUCGUCAGGCUCGACAACUUCCCUCUAUCGAGCAUGUGACACAAAGAGCAGGUAGUAAGGCUGCUUUUGGACCUCCAAGAGAAGAAAGGUCUCUACAAACCUGGUCAAAAAGAGAGUGCCUAUAUUCAUCUGAGGAGAGCUCUAGCAAAGGCAAUGCCUCUACAUGCCUCAGCUUUCUGAAGAAGCUCUGGGAUGUUGUUAAAAACAAUUGGUUUGAGUCCAUUUGGUGGGGCGACAAUGGAAAGUGUAUAGUGAUUCACAAAGAAUUGUUCAAAGAGGAAGUACUAUCAAGGAGAAAACGUCUGAGAAUUUUUGAAAGUGAGAGCAUGAAAAGCUUCACUCAUCACUUCCAUCUGUCUGGAUUCACUGGAAAGUUGUAG